GGCUGUCAACAGAGUUUGGGGAGUAGCAGUUUACAUGGACAUUGAGUGUGUUGUGCUCUCUGUAGUGGAUGAUGUAAGUCAACUCUCUCUCUCUCUCUGAGAUGGGUUAACUGCAGGGUUUAAUCAGGCAGCUGGUGGGAGCCAGUGCCGGCGUAAAGGACAGCCUGGGCCCACAAUACAAAUGGGAGUUCCUGGAGGAAGGCUGACAGGUGGCCAGAAGUUAGAGAACAAAGGAUGGUUCUAAUGCCAGUCAUAGGAAUCAGGUCAUUCCCAGCACACAUGGACAUCUGCACCCAGGCUAUAUGAUAAUGCUCAAUUGAUGAACACCUGUGGAGCUCAGCUGACUGAAUCCAGUUGAUCGUGUCUGUAGCUGGUGUCUGUAGCUGGUGUCUGUAGCUGGUGUCUGUAGCUGGUGUCUGUAGCUGGUGUCUGUAGCUGGUGUCUGGAGCUGGUGUCUGGAGCUGGUGUCUGGAGCUGGUGUCUGGAGCUGGUGUCUGGAGCUGGUGUCUGGAGCUGGUGUCUGGAGCUGGUGUCUGGAGCUGGUAGAGAUAUCAUGGCAUUCUGCCAGCAGACAUACAUCUUCACAGACGGAGAAGAUGAGGAGCUGAAGAAGAAAGUUGGGAGUCACGCCAUCAACACCAACUGUUCAGCAGCACACAGCCGCCAAGCUCUAUCCUGCAAGAUGGCUGUGGAGUACGACAAGUUCAUUGAGUCUGGGAAAAAGUGGUUUUGUCAUGUGGAUGAUGAUAACUACGUUAACAUGAGGACUCUAGUGAAGCUGCUGUCCCACUACCCCCACACCCAGGACAUGUACAUUGGCAAGCCCAGCCUGGACCGGCCCAUCGAGGCCACAGAGAGGCUAGGAGACAACAAGAUGAGACCAGUAAACUUCUGGUUUGCUACUGGGGGAGCCGGCUUCUGUGUGAGUCGAGGCCUGGCUUUGAAGAUGAGCCCAUGGGCCAGUGGCGGCCAUUUUAUGAACACGGCAGAGAAGAUUCGUCUGCCUGACGACUGCACCAUCGGCUACAUCAUCGAGUCAGUGCUGGGGGUGCCUCUGACCCGCAGCAACUUCUUCCACUCCCAUCUGGAGAACCUGCAACAGGUGUCCAGAUCUGAACUUCACAAACAGAUCACAUUGAGUUAUGGAAUGUUUGAGAACAAGAGGAACAUCAUCAAUAUGAAAGGGGCGUUCCCUGUGGAGGAAGACCCAUCAAGGUUUAAGUCUGUGCACUGUUUGCUGUACCCAGACACCCCUUGGUGUCCGCUUCAGGUUGCCUACUAGGUGACCGGCUCCUUUGGUAUCCUCGUCCCCGCCGUGCCUCGGUAUCUGAAAGGCUGGUGGGGACCCGUGUUUGGUAUCGGACUGUGAUGUCACUGUAUUUUUGUUUCAGUGGCACACGGACUCUGAUAGUUUUACUGGGCUGCUGUGCGGCCCGCCUUGGGACAUUUCCUUCCUGUGUGGUGUCUUGGUUCCUCCCCUGGCAUAGGGGCAGAGGAGCCAGACAGGCACUUAGAGGGAAGGAACUUAAAGCAUUAUGGCUUUUCAGGCAAUUAGUGCGUGGUGUGUUUUAAAUGUUGCUUGUAAUUGUAUUUGCAAUUCUUAUAGAAUGUACUACUUAUAUAUCCAAGCCUUUUGCCAGCUUUACAUGAUUAAUUUGUUCAAUUUCCGUUGAAUUGUUUGCUUUAUUGUUCAAUUUCUUUUAGUUUCUUCUGGGUUUCGGAAGCCAUUCAAGGUGAUCCUUUUAGGUUUUCUAGAAAUAAUCAGACGGUUAGAAUGUCUGAGAUUGUGGAGGAAAUGGUUUUCAUUUAGGGAUUUUUGGUUGUGGUUUAUUUUUUUGUUCAUUUCAGAAGACUCCGGACAAAAACAAUAAUCUGAAGAUAUUUUGGUGCUUUUUGUUAAUGAUUUGUCAGUGUUAUUACUAAUAUGAUUUGAGCUGGCAGAAGGCAGUUUUCCAAAUGUGCCGUCAGGUUAUAAAAUCUGAGGUAUAUCAGGAAUAAGCACUUUCCCCUUAUUGAUAGUUUUAAAUGAAUGAGUUGACAGAAUUGACGUCCUUAGAUAUGUUUCACAGCUGUGUCAAAACCAACGGCUGUAAUGACAUAACCCCAAAGAUCAAUAUUUCUAGAUUUUAUUGUAUUUAAUAACAUUCCUUGCAUUUGAUAGAAUCAAGGAAAAUAAUUUAUAGCAAAGAUAUUGAUUUUUUUCUUCUCUGUUACAAUCAACUGUUGAUUCGUUUUGAAGAUGGCCUUGUUUAAAAAUUGCACAGCUGGGUUUGAAAUUAACUUUUGCUUGCUCUUGUGAAGUAGCUAAAUGACCUCCAACUCUUCCACUGAGUUUAUAUUUACCUUCUUCAGAUGACCAUCAACACAUGUAAUACUCUCCGAUACGUUUUGCACAAAAUGGAUUGAUGGAGAGCCAUGUACACUAGUCUAACUUAUUCCUCAGUGAGUAUGCGGGUUGGUUUUGUAUUGAGCUUUGCAAGAGCAACACCAGUGUUUACACACAGAGGGGUUCUUCCUCUGUAAACAACCCAUAUUGGGUAGGACUGUACAUGUUAAUUAUAAAGCAGUAUUUGUGUACUGUGCCUUUUUAGUUGAAAUGCUAAAUGUGUAUAUUGAGGAUUAGAAUGUAAAUGAUUUUGAUGACCUGGACAUGUUUUUUACUGCUUGUUGUAACUGUGCUAAAGGGCUGUUAUUUAUCCUCCAGUGUCUGGAUGGUUCUGUUUGCUUCUCAGGGAUUUUGAUCAAAUCCUGAUGUUAUUACCAUAGGAACCUGUGUGGUGCCUGAACAUGACGCUUUGAAAUAAAGUUGGAUAACCGCUGAGAAAC